AUGACAGAGCGUGCUGCUCAGUAUGGUAACACGUAUGGCACUGCUAUUCUGGGUCAGCCGCUCUUCAUCACGAGUGAGCCGGAGAACAUCAAAGCCUUGCUAGCUACGCAAUUCAACGAUUUCGGAAAAGGUCCCUUCUUCCAAAAACAAUGGCAGCAGUUCUUGGGUGCUGGUAUCUUCAACGCCGAUGGUGAAUCUUGGUCGCACUCGCGCGCCUUAUUGCGCCCACAGUUCCUCAAGGAGCGUAUUGCCGAUUUGGAUAAUUUCGAGGAUAAGCUCCAGAUCAUGAUGCCACUCAUCAAGUCUGGCGAGGAGACGGACGUCAUGGAUCUCAUGUUCAAAUUCACACUGGAUGCUGCAACGGAUUACCUGUUUGGUCACUCGGCCAAGUCUCUGCAGGGUGACAAUGCCUUUGCCAAGACGUUUGCUACGAUCCAAGAGCUACAAACAGGUCGUGCUCGAUCUGGACCACUUUGGUGGAUGUUUGAUCGCAAGCAGUUCAAGGAGGUGCUCAAGGACCUCGAUGUGUAUGUGGACCGAUACGUGCAACUCGCACUUGCUAAGCCGUCCGGAGAGAAGGCCGAUGCAGACGAUCACUCACUCCUUGCUGCACUCGUCAAGGAAUCGCGUGACCCUAUUUUCCUGCGUGACCAGCUCGUCUCAACGCUCCUUGCAGGUCGUGACACGACAGCAGCAACACUUUCUUGGGCACUCAAGGAGCUCUCACAACACCCAGACCUCUGGCAGCGUCUCCGUGAUGAAGUCAUGACAACGCUGGGCGAUGCCGAUACAUUGCCUUCGUACACGCAAUUGAAAAACAUGAAGAUGCUACAAGCUGUCAUCAAUGAAGUUUUGCGACUCUACCCCAUCGUGCCGCUCAAUGUGCGUGCUGCACUCAAGGACACAACGUUGCCGCGCGGUGGCGGUGCAGAUGGUAAAGGCACCAUUUUUGUACCCAAGGGUACACAAGUCGGGUACUCGACGAUGCUCAUGCAACGUCAAGUGCAAAUUCCAAAAGUGGAUGAGUUUGUGCCCGGUCGUUGGAUUGAAGGUGUCAACAAGGAGGGUAAGUAUGUUCCUGAGCACUGGACGUAUAUUCCCUUCAACGGUGGUCCACGUCUGUGUUUGGGUCAACAGUUUGCAUUGACGGAGAUUGCGUAUACCUUGACACGUCUUGCACAGCGCUUCUCAAAGCUUGAGAACUUGGAUGAACCGUAUGAGGAUAUGGGUAUGCGCUACGAUAUUAUCUUGACGCCGAGGUACGGUGUCAAGGUGAGGUUCACUGAGUAG